AUGGAAAAGGAGGCAAGAUUGAAGAAAAAUGUACCAAAAACUCUUGAUAAUACUCGAGAAGUAGAUGAAACAAUUAUUGGAGUGGACGAUGAUGAGGUUUUUGAGGAGGAAGUGUCUGAUGAAUUUUCGAAAUAUUUUCAAGAUGGAUUAUCACAAAGAUGUUGA